AUGCCGUCUAAAACGUUUCAUAAGGGUAAAUAUUACAUAUCGUUUAAAAGAGGAUUUGAAGAGAGUAAAAAAGAUAUAUCUAUUUGCGUGGACAAAGUCUUCGACAGCGAUAGUUUGAGGCUGACGUUAUCUAAUGACGAAGACCCUACAUUCUUGUGUCGGAUACUAAUUUCCCGUUGUGAUUAUGAAGAGUUGAAGAAGCAACAGGGUCUGCUCAUCGAUUUUGACAACUUUCCAUCUCAAGUUGUACGACUGUUGCAACAAUGCACCGCUAAUAAUAUGUUUUUAAUACUGCACCAAAUAAAUCAUAGUGACUACAACUUUGAAGUAGUAGAACACAAUGAAUUUAAGAGGCUCGUUCACUUGUCUUUAAAAACUGGGCCGGCCAAUGACAAUGAUGUCAAACAACACAUGGCGGAAACUAUUGCAGAAUUAAAGAAAACAUUAUCAGCAUUAAAAAGCUCAGCGACCAGCAAUGAAACAUUGUGGAACGACAGAUGUGCCAAAAUGGAGGUGAAGAUACAGGAGUUGACACGGUCUGUUAGUAAAAUGGAGGAGGAUAAACUAAGACGUGAAUCUGAGUAUCUAGAAUCUCUAAGGCAAGAGAAGGAUAGGUUAGCACAGGAAAAGCUUCAGCUUCAAAAAGCAGCAGAUAUAAAUGCCAAGAACCUCAUCGCCAGUUCUCAGGAGAACUUGAGCAAGAAGGACAAACAAAUUGACGAACUUAAUUAUACAUGCAGACAUUUAAAAGAAAGUAUUUCUCAAAUGGAGAGGCAAAUCAAUGAGAAGAAUCAAAGGACGAGUUAUCUAGAAAAGGAAGUGCAGAGGUUUCACCUCGAGUUGAGCACACAAUCGGCCAAGAAUGUCGCAUUAGAAAGAGAGAUAACAGAGCGAGACAGGCAGAUUCAUCAGUUAACCGUUAAAACAACAUCUCUAGAAAAGACGGUGAAAGAUGAUGCGGAUGUUAUCAAGGAGUUUAAAGAAAGUAUUCAAACAUUGACGAUGGAAAAGGAUAGCUUGGAACGGCGUCUCUCGCUGAGCGAAUCCCUGGCCAACAGAAAUAACGAGGCAGCCCAGUCGACAGCGGAGCAACUGCUGAAGGCCAACCAGAUCAUCUCUAAGCAGAACUCUGAUCUUAUAGAGAUGAAAGAUAAGCUCCUUUGCCGAACGGCGAUAGCGCUAGAACAAGAGAAGGUCAUAGAAAGAAACACGAAGGAAAUACAAGAUCUAAACUCACAGAUUCAGAACUGCACCGAGCAAUUGGAGAAGCGACGCGAAGAGGUCGAAAUGUUGAAAGAGAAGUGCGAGCUGAAUGAAGUAACGAUCAGAGACAGAGAUGAAACUAUCAAGAACAAUAACAUGGUUGUCCAAUGGCUUCAUAAAAAACUGGAAGAGACCGGCAGCCGAGCUCCGAUAGAUAGAAACCACUGUAUCAAAGUAGCCAGUUCCACGCCUCACUUGCCCGACAGACACCCCAACAGUUCAUUGAUGCACGAGUCGGAAGAGUCUAUUAACUUCUACGGGAUGUCCAAGUCGAGUCUAGAAGACAGUCCAAAUGUUUAUCCAAAAGAGCGAAUCGCUAAAGGACUGGAUCCUAAAUAUCUAAAACCGGUGUCGGAAGACUUGAACGCUAAUAAAAAAGAUUCCAGCAAAGUGAAAUCUGCGACGUCACACUCGACAAAGGGAAAAGAAAAUAAGAACAUCGAGCUGCCUAAAGUUGACUACAGAGAGAAAAGACCUUCAAAACCUAGCACUCCCGCCUCCUAUUUGCUUAGUGGUUUGCUAAUAAUUCUAUCCUGCGUUUGUGUAUUAUCAAAAAAAUAUAAAGAUGAGGAAAAGCCGGUUUGGGCGAAGAAAGACAUUCGAGAUUUCACCGACGCUGACAUGGAACGGUUAUUAGACCAGUGGGAUGAGGACGAAGAACCUCUGCCAGAAGAUGAACUACCAGAACAUUUACGUAAACCUCCAGCGAUAGACAUGGCUCAACUCGAUAUGUCUAAUCCUGAAGCGGUUCUACAGCAAACAAAGAAAGGUCAGACUUUGAUGAUGUUCGUCACCGUUGCUAACCGGCCACCGAGAGCAAGAACCGAAGAGUUAACAAAGAUUUGGCAAACCGGAUUAUGGAGCAACCAUAUACAAGCGGAAAGAUACUUGAUAGAUGACGAUAGAGCUAUAUUCAUGUUCAAAGAUGGCUCCCAAGCCUGGACGGCUAAAGAGUAUCUACUGGAACAAAAUGAACUUAAAAAUGUGCAAUUGGAAAGUCAAACGUACGAUGGAAAGUAUCCAGAUGUUAAAAACACAGCCGUGAGAGAUGAAUUAUAG